CCUGAACCUUUUCUUCCUUCCAAAAGCCCUGAAGAUCCAUUGCACACCUUGACUUGCAUGAAACCUCCUCUCUCUUAUUUUCUCAGGGAACCAGAGUGGGAGAAGGAGGAAUGAAGGAAAACAGAAAUCCGGCCUGAGAACGGAGGUCCCUGUCAAGAGAAUGGCCAAGAUCUCCUCAGGAUGUCUUCCAAAGUCUCCCCUGCUCCCCUCCUCUCCAAACCCCCCCUGCGGGUGAAAGAAGGCUCCCUGGUGGUCAGGUGGCUGAGAUUAGUGUCCGGUCUCCAGUUGUGUGCAUUCCUGAUGGAUAUUUUGGCCUUGCCGAUGUGCAUUGCCUCAGCAGCCAUUGUCAGCUGGCGAGUGUGGCGUGUGGAAAACGUCAAGGGGAUUGGCUCUGGAAACAUCUGGGUUGGAAUCUGGCAGGUCUGUUUUUUGAAAGACCCUUCUAACGACGGAAACUAUUAUUACCAUUGUGAAGAGCUCCAUGAACAACAUCCAAGCCUCCCGAGGGAAAUUUUUAUUGCUCAGGACUUAAUGGCCUUAGCUGCCAUUAUGAAUUCAGCGGCCCUUGGAUUACAGACAUUUGCCCUCUGCAAUGUGUUCGAGCCCAAAAAACAUAAGGAUUUUCUCUUAACCUUUUUUGGGCUUGGAGCUCUGCUGAACUUACCAGCAGGGAUACUCGUCCUGAUUUCUGUGAUAUGGAACAUGUCUGCUGUCUUACAAAAUGGGGAAAUUGACUUCCCUGAAACUUUUGAAUUGCCUCAAAUUCCCAGCGAGCAGCAUAUUGGACCUUCUAUUUAUCUAGGCUAUAUCGCUGCAGGUUUCCAGCUGCUGAGUGCAGCAUUUGUUGGGAUGGAGAGAUGUUGCAUCAGGACCACCGCAACAGAUACAUCUCAAAUAGAAACUCUAGUGGUGAUUACCCCAGGAAGUGCGGUGAAAAGCGAGAGUCUAACUACUUGUUCAAAGUGUGGUUCUCUGCUGGACCUGGUAAUUCAAGAGAAAUCCUCCGCAGUGGAGAUGGAGGAAACCCAUGCGGAAGAUCUUGUCAAAUCCUGCGCAGUUGAGAUGGAGGAAGGCUGUGCAAGUGAUCUUGUCAUUCCAGAAGAAUCCUGCACAGUUGAGAUGGAGGAAAGCUGUGCAAGUGAUCUUGUCAUUCCAGAGGAAUCCUGCACAGUUGAGAUGGAGGAAAGCUGUGCAAGUGAUCUUGUCAUUCCAGAGGAAUCCUGCGCAGUGGAGAUGGAGGAAAGCCAUACACCCAAAGCUUACCUGAAGGACAUCAAAGGCCACCUGAUGUCCCCAAACAUACGAUUAUACAUGUGAUUCCCUACAACAGGGAGUCGUAAACUAUCAGAUACAGAUCCACGCAGAUCGCUCCAUACAUGCAUAGAUCUGCGUGGAUCAGGACUUCAGGGAUUUUGGGACUUCAGGUGGGCUUUGAUGUCCUUCAGAUGAGGAGGCCUCU